GGUCCUUCAACUCCACUGGUUUAAUCUUAUUACUGGCCGUCUCAGAUGAUCAUCUCCACAAUGACACGAUAAUGUUGUCCUUGGCCGUGGAGGAUCUCCUCGUAACGGAUCUGCACCGACGGUGGGACAGACAUAAGAAAGCGUUUUUCCUCCUCUUUCUACAUCAUCAUUACCACCUCACAGGUACUCCGUACAUCUUCUAUCAGUACAUACAACCAGCAUAGUAUUUCUCUUUCUUUUAUUCUCAGUAAUAUCUUUUCUACCUCCCCUAAUUUACUUAUAAUAAUGUAUCAUUUGUUCUCUGUUUUGGCCUCGCUCGCCCUGGCAACCGCCAGCCCACUCCUCCUCCCCCGCGCCAUCAACACGACCCAGGAGUUCCUGCUGAAGACCACCUCGUCGACCAACGACGCGCAUAAUAACCUCUACGUCGAGGCGUACCAUACGGGAGCUGGGUUGAACGACGCGGUGCUCACCUCGUCCACGGCGACGGCCGCCAAGGCCUUUCUCAACGAGACGUACCUCGAGUUCGAUCUCGGGACGCCUUUUUCCUGGAGUUUUUCCAUGGGAGCGGAUACAAACUAUGCUGCUUGGGAAUUCGUCGAGAUCAACGCCGGGUACGGAACGACCGGGUUCUCCCUCAACGACACCGGAGUACAGUGGUCUGAAGCCGAUGGGUUUGGCGGAUGGUUGGUCUGCGAUUGGUGGCAUGGGGCUCCCCAGCUCUUCUGGCUGUACCGAUUCAUCUCGCCUACGCUGCCCUCGUCCUGCAGCACGGUCGAUCUUGUUCCAGAAUACAUAUGAUCGAGACAUGAUAUCAUGGGAUCUAUUAAUGCGAGGGACGGAGG